AAACAAUUUGAACAGUUCUUCCGCCAUAUUGUAUUAAUGUAUUAUAUGCGUGCGGCCGCGGCGAUGUAUUGACGAGAUAUGAUACUUUGUCACAACAAAUACAACAAAUCACCCAAUAAUGGCUAUGGCUGAUGGAUCGAUCUUUGAUGAGGAAUUUAAAUCCGAGAGUACUAUUCACAAACGAAAGUCAUUGGUUUUCCACACACGGUUUUCCGUGGCGCGCGACCACGAUAAAGACGUCAAUGAUGAAGUCAUAACCAAUGGAAACAGAUUUGCAUCAAACAAAGACGAAGAGACGUGCAACACAAAAAAUGAUAUUGAGGCUUUUAAUUUGAAGGAAUACAUAGAGAAACUUAAACAGGAGCGAAAGGAUUGGCAGCAGGAGUAUAGGAAGCGCAAGACUCAACGAAGAAACUUGAUUAAACAGAAAAUCAGCAUGGAAGAACAGGGACAAAUUCUCGAUAUAAAUGUAUUGACGGAAACUGAGAGAACCUUUGUCCUGACACGUCCCAAUUACGAGCACAUUUGCAAAAAUAGUAAAAAAUUGCAGGAUGUGGCAUUAAGGAUAUCUACACUCAGUCAGAAUGUACACAAAUUAAAUCGGAGAUUCAUGGAGAGAAUGGAGAGCAAUAUAGCCAAGGCCACUGUACAAGUUAUUAAAAUCUCAGAACAAUGAAAUGGAUAGUUUUAGAGAACAUUUAACUUUAUCUAUGGAAUAUGGAGAAGACCGUCUACCUUCCGCCAUUUCUGGUACGUCAACGAGAUUCGAGAUGUAUGAAUUGAUUCGAUUGUACGAAGAAUAUUUCUGAUCUUAGAGCGACUCCCUUACGAGAUCACGUUCUGUGUCAUAUUAAUAUUCAAUGUUUCAAAUAAUCUAAGAUUGUACGGAAUAACCAAUAGAGCUGUCAUCUGUGCAGAUGGAAACUUU